ACCCCGCUAGUGACAUACUAGAGUCCUAAUCUUAGCAGCUAGGUACAGACCUAGAACUUGGAACUGCACAAUUCACAAAUGGCCGCGACGUCAUAGAAGUCUCGCCACCAGUCAGUUCGAAGAUGUCGAAACACGAUGUCGACUACACGCUAUACUUAGUGACAGACUCGUCGCCUAACUAUCUUCGGGGCAGAGAUUUAUGCCAAGUCGUUGAAGAAGCGUUAAGGGGCGACGUCACUGUCGUGCAAUAUCGGGAUAAAACAAGUGAUACAGGUGUGCUCGUGUCGACAGCCCGGAAGCUACACGAGAUCACCAAGAAAUACAAAGUCCCACUCCUCAUCAACGACCGCGUAGAUGUUGCACUGGCAGUCGGCUGCGAGGGUGUGCAUAUCGGACAGGAUGAUUUAGACCUACAUACUGCUAGAAAAAUCCUUGGGGAAGAUGCCAUCAUCGGCGUUACUGUGAGCAAUCUUGCCGAAGUAGAGACCGCGGUCAAAUGGGGCGCAGAUUAUUUGGGGAUCGGGACUGUGUUUGCUACGCCUACGAAACAGAACACAAAGAGUAUUAUAGGUGUGGAAGGCCUUCAGGAGAUUCUGCUCAAAAUCGAGACCGAGAAGUGGCCAGUGAAAACGGUAUGUAUCGGCGGCAUCAACGAAUCUAACGUGGGUCGCGUGGUAUGGCAGAGCACAGCAAACGGGAGAUCUCUCGAUGGCGUCGCAGUCGUCAGCGCCAUCAUGGCUGCCGAAACUCCGGAAUGGGCUGCGAAUCGCCUCUAUAAACUAAUAAAGACGAGGAAAACUCCGUUCGCAAACGCGCUUGCGACAUCCAAGCAACAGAAGAGGUCACCUCAGGAGCUGCUAGCCCUCGUACCGGACAUCAUCAAGGCGGUCCACACCAGAAAGCCGCUUUCGCAUAACAUGACCAACCUUGUGGUCCAGAACUUCGCCGCUAAUGUCGCUCUAAGCGUUGGCGCCAGUCCUAUCAUGGCUAAUUACGGCGAAGAGGCCGCGGACCUAGCAAAACUAGGCGGCGCGCUGGUCAUUAAUAUGGGUACGGUCACGCCAGACGGGUUGAAGAAUUAUUUGAAGGCGCUGAAAGCAUAUAAUGAUGUCGGGCUGCCUGUGGUAUUUGAUCCCGUUGGCGCCGGCGCUACUGCGGUUAGGAGAUCAGCUGUCAAAACCAUCUUCGGAGGAGGUUAUGUGGACGUGCUCAAAGGCAACCAGUCGGAGAUCCUAUCCUGUGUGCCCGGGGGAUCCAACAUUCAGCAACGGGGCGUCGACAGCGGGUCCGACGGUCAAAAUCUCCAAGAGCUUGCUUCCGCGAUUAAGGAGCUGGCUAAGCUCCGCAAACACAUCGUCGUGAUGACUGGUAAGACGGACCUGGUCUCGGCCGGGGAAACAGUGUUCGCGAUCGAGAACGGCCACGAGUACCUAGGCAUGGUGACGGGAACGGGCUGCUGCCUCGGCACAACGAUAUCUGCUAUGGUGGCGGCACAUCCGAAUGAUAAGCUCUCUGCCGUGAUAGCCGGUACAGUGUACUACGGUAUCGCGGCGGAAAUUGCGGCGGAGAGAGAGGAUGUCAAGGGCCCGGGCACCUUCGUCCCGGCGUUUAUUGACGAGCUACAUAAUGUGAGGAAAGCUACGGUUAAGGGGCAUCUCGAAUGGUUUAAGAGAGCUAAGGUGUCGGUGAUAUCUUAAUGUCUUUCUUUGUUGGGAUUGUGUAGACGUUUGGAUAUCUUAACUCCCCAAAUCCCCUUUUUGGUAAUAGCUUCCCAAGGUUCAUAAUUCACCUGGCAUCACACCUAUCUGAACGUCCAAAACAACUCCAUUCGCAGCGAAUCGUGGAUACAUAUGCAUACACGUAGGAAAUGUAUAGGAGUAUACCUCGGAUAUCGAUAAGUUUAGUGAUGGGUAUUUUUGGUAUAGUAGCACUACUAUACCGUAUAGUUGCACAAUACAACACUAUACCUAACUAUACCAUAUAAAUCACGUAUAGUAAGCGGUAUAGUGUUGUAUAGUGGGCUUUACUACCAAAACAACGCGUUUUGUACA